AUAAAAUGAAUCCAACAAAUGAUAAUUUUUCAACGCCGAAACAAACAAAAAGACUGGGUCUGAGACGCAGCAGUAGCAUCUUAAAGGACAGCAGUGCAAAAAAAGCUUUGGGAUCUGUAGCAAAAAAUAAAUUUAUAGAAAUUACCACACCCGCCUCCACACCUAGAAGGAGGUUGCCACAAAGUGAUGUCAAAAUAAAUUAUAAAAAUUUAGAACAAAAUGAAGGGGCGACGACGCAUGCUGUUAAUACACCAGGAACUCCCAAGAGUACAAAUACCUCAGAUUUACAACGACUAGCCGUAAGUACAAAUUGUCGGCCCUAUAGAUUAGCGUUGAGUAAAAAGGUGAGAGAAAAAAUGACCAAGAAAAGAUUAGAAUUUUAUUUGGCCAAUGAACUGGACAAAGAAGAUGCAGAAGAAAAAGAAACGCAUGAAAAACAAGAGAAUGCUAAAACUGAAUUAAAGCCAACUAAUAAAGAAGAUAUAUUGAAGCAAAUAGAAAUUGCGCGUAAAGAGCUUAAAUCCCGGCAAGAGCAUGUGAAAAAAGUUCAAGAUCUCCAAGAGGCUGUUAAUGUAUGGAAAACUGGAUUUUCCUCAGCUCUGCUUGAUUUGCAAGAACAUAUUGAGCCCCGUUUAGAAACAGCCACCCUUUUAGAACGAUUGCAUAUACCACAAGAAAUGAUUAAAUACAUUGACGAAUAAGUCUA